AUGUCAGGCCUUUUUUCCGAAGAGCAGUCAGUCUUCGGAUUUUCCGAGUCCGGCGCACACGAACAAAUAGGCAAAGUAUGUCUAAUAAUAAGCCCGAGAAGUGUUUCGUCGAAAGUGUUACGCUCUGAAAAGAGCGUAAUCUACGUCUCACUCGACCAGUAUCGGCAACAACGACGAAAACAAGCUCAACGGUUGGAAAUCAACACAUUCAGCCUAACAACUCCCACAAGUUCAAGACCUAAAUGA